AUGGCUACAGCAAACAGUCUAUACAGUUCAACAGAAGACACUACAAAUGCUAACAGGGCUUGUCGACUUUUACUUGGACCCUGUACAGAUCAACUGAGAGAUGUUCUUCGCAAAAAAGUUCCCCCAUCUAUGUUUCCCAUUAAAAUUAUGAAACAAAAGCAUAAUCUACCCAGAUUAACUCCCCAACAAAGAGACUUGAUUUUGCCUCAAAGUGGGUCCUACACUGGAAAUUAUGACGACUUUGAUAUUUCACUGCUGUACAUUAUUCUACGACACAUUUGUAACAUUACACCUCAUGAAAAUGGUUGGGGUAAUGAACCAGAUUUAAAUGAUUCAUGCUUAGCUGCAAAUAUCGAAAGGAUACGAAUAGCCCGAAACCGCAUCAUCCAUAGAGCAAGACCUGCCCUGACAAACAGCGAAUUUAACGAUAGCUGGACGUAUGUUCAAGUUGCUAUUGUAGCAAUCGAUAGAUAUCUCUCUAAUGGAAAUCACUAUGAGAGGGAAGUAGAUAUUUUGAGACACACAACAAUGGAUCCCGUCCAAGACAAGCAUUACAGAGAUCAACUGGCCAAACAAUAUGCUGAUGAUCAAAAUACUAAAGAACGCAUUUUUGCACUGGAGGAAAACAUGGCGAGUCAUAUUAAGAAAUCGGAAAGCAAGAUGAGUGACAUCGAAGAAAACAUAGCAGGAUUAUAUAAAGAAACAUCAGGCAGGAUGAGUCACCUAGAAGAAAGGAUAACAAGUUUUUGUAAGGAAACAUCAAACAGGAUUAGUCGACUAGAAGAGAAAAUUGAAGGUCAAAAAGAAACAGCAAUCAAAUUAAGUCACUUCAAAGAUCAUUAUGAUGUACGGUGGAAGAAGGGAGGAUGUCUUGGAAGAAGUGCACAUGGCGUAGUUUACCUUUGUUCUAAUGAGACCUUCGGGUUCAGGGCAGUAAAAAUUGUCAAAAUAACCGAAAUGGAUAACAAAGCUACAGAGAAUGCUAAAAGCGCAGAAAAGGAAAUCAAUGCGCUGAAAAGCCUAGAUCACAUUAGAAUUGUUAGAUAUUUUGGUUUCCAAAAACACCAGGAUGAAAUACGUAUAUUCAUGGAGUAUAUGUAUGGUGGGUCAUUAAAGACGUUGAUUGAUGAAUCAAGGGGCUUACUGGAAUCUCGAACGCAGAACUUUACUAAACAAAUACUAGAUGGUCUACAUUUCCUUCAUAAGAGAGGAUAUAUUCAUAGAGACCUUAAAGCUGCAAACAUUUUACUUGACAUUGACAAGAAGAGCAUAAAACUGGCUGAUUUUGGUGUUUCGAGGUUUAUGAACACAUUUUCAAGCGGCAAAGUGAAAACUCUUACUGGCACAAUUUACUGGAUGUCACCUGAAAUGAUUAAAAAGGAUGGAUAUGGGACAAAAACCGACAUCUGGAGUUUGGCUUGUGUAAUUUUAGAAAUGCUUACCACAAGAGCACCUUGGUCUGAAUUAGAGAGUCAAGCUGCUAUGUUUAAGAUAGGCAUGGGUGCAGAUUUCGAUUACGGACUCCCUGAAAAAGUUUCAGAGACCUGCAGAAUAUUUUUAGAUCAGUGUUUCCAAAAAGAUCCAGAAGAAAGACCCUCUGCAGAGAUUCUGCUGAAUCAUGCAUGGAUUAAACACAUAUCUUACAGCGAUACUUGA